CUCCGCCCAUACAAGCACACAACUUCAGUUUCUGGAGCUAUUUCAGUGUUUAGUCAACUGUGCUGUCCUCGCUGGAGCUUCUCUGGAGUUUAUUAACAAUCGCCUUCCUGGAUUUUACGAACUCGUGGAUGUUUUUUCCCCCCAUCUCUCUCUCUGUGUCUCUUUCUCUCCAAACAACCCCACUUUUGGGGCGUAUGCGGCAACGUGCGUCCUGGGCAGGCGGCCCGAACCACGAUUGCCCCGUUUGAUGGAGGCAAACCUUAAUGCACGCUGGCCAUGGCUUAUUAUCCUUUCCAAGUUCAGCGAUCGGCUGCUUUGCCCCUUCCAGCCUUUCUGUCGGCCGCACAACCCUGCCCCCCCGCUGAGGUCGAGCCCGAGCGUCAGGUGGGCUCCGAGGAGGGGCUGCACGCAGCACUCACCCGCCAGCAGCAGCAGCAGCACCAGCACCAGCAGCAGGCAGCCCACUUACGCUCCCUGAAAAACCUUCAGUCUCCGGACCUCUUGUGCGACGAGCCUAAAGUCACGCUGGAAUCGCAGGAUUUAUGGAACGAGUUCCACAAAAUGGGCACGGAAAUGGUUAUUACCAAAUCUGGAAGGAGGAUGUUCCCACCCUUCAAAGUGAAGGUUGAUGGCCUCGAUAAAACGUCCAAAUACAUCCUGCUAAUGGACAUUGUUGCAGUUGAUGACUUCCGUUACAAGUUCCACAACUCCCACUGGAUAGUAGCCGGAAAAGCCGACCCAGAGAUGCCAAAGCGCAUGUACAUUCAUCCCGACAGUCCGUCCAAGGGAGAACAGUGGAUGAGCAAGCCGGUUGCCUUCCACAAACUCAAACUCACCAACAAUAUAUCGGAUAAACAUGGAUUUACAAUUCUAAAUUCCAUGCAUAAAUACCAGCCCAGGUUUCACAUUGUGAGAGCCAACGACAUCAUGAAACUUCCAUACAGCACAUUUUUGACCUACGUUUUCCCGGAGACGGAGUUUGUUGCCGUCACCGCGUAUCAAAAUGAGAAGAUUACACAGCUAAAAAUUGACAACAACCCAUUUGCCAAAGGAUUCAGGGACACGGGAAAUGGAAGACGGGAAAAAAGGAACAAUCCUUUAAAUAUCUCUGCGCCGGAUGAGAACAAAGCAGACUGCGCUGAUUCGGAUGAUUCAUGGGAACAGCCCAGAACCGGUGACCCGUUUCGCUCUCCUGGGGAAUCAUGGCCUGUGACAUCCACGCCAAACUGUGAAGAUGAGAACAACACUGGAAGCGAUUCAGAUAUGGAUCGACAAGGUGAGGAUGCCGGGGAAACCUGCGGCUCUCGGGUUGCAUCUUCAUCUCGGCGGAUGGCGAAGAGGGACAAGAAGGAGCCAGCGACGUCACGUGAGAAGUUCUUCAUGGAGAACGAAUCCUCCCAAAGGUGCAAGAGUCAAACAAAAGAUGGCACACCCCCUAUGUUAGUGGAAACACAGAGCUCAUCGUCGCUUCAGACUGCGGCUCUCUCAAACAGCCAGCAGUGUCUUGAGCUUGGACCACCUUUGCUGUUUCACCAGGGACAGUUGUCAGUGAAGACAGGUGCUAUUCACUCCACAUCUAUGGGACAUCUGUUUUCCUCUUGCUUGGGAUUAAAUGAGUCAGAACACGCAGGUGUAUCUUCUCAAAACAUCACCUCACCAUCUCCGUUCAUGUUUCACCUGUCACAGCAUGUGUUGGUGCCACAGGGGCUGUCACUACCACCCUUUGGAGGGUUGCUCACAUACCCAUGGAGCUACUUGACAUCACCUGCUGCAAUGACUGCGGCUCUCCCAACUGGUUCGACGACAUCAGCGUUCCUGAGAAAUCGCACUUUUCACAGCUCCCUGCCGUGGUUGCGGAUGAGCCCCUAUCAGAUCCCAGCUGCUGCCAUAUCGGGCCAAAAGCCGCCGACAGCGACUUCUAACUCGACUAAAUUUGAGCAGUACAAGCUGUACAGCCAAGAGCCCAGUCCGAUGUCUGAUAAUCACAACAAUAACAAGGCCAGAAGCGAGCAGACUGUUUCACUUAAAAAUGGUCACGUUUCCUCUGAUGGACUCCAAAGCUUACAAAAUGUUAUGUUUGAUAAAUCACUUUCUUUAUAACUUCUAAACACCUCUGAAUGUUUCAAGUCAUGAAAACCUGUUGAGAUCUGCAUUGCAUAUUUCAUUGAAAAUCCAGGUCAACAAAUCAUUCCAAAUUAAACAUCACAAUAUAAUCACAAGCACUAGUUUAUCAUAAAAACGUUCUACAAGAUCAUUGCGUGUCUCCCGUGGGAAUGUUUGUUAAAAUAUCACAGUGAGAAAUAACCUGAUUGAUAUUUAAUGGCACAUUUCUCAUGAAGAAUGUUUUGUUUCGCUGAGGUCAAGGCUGUUUAUAGCACUCCACAAAUAUUUUCACAUGAUUUGAUUAUUUUCUAGCAAUCACUGAUGGGGAAUAUGGGGACUAUUUGUAGUACAGUGAUAUUGCUAUUCCUAAUUUUAAUGACACGGUUGAAACCUACCUAUUCAUGUAAAUAUUGAUUUUUGCCUUUUGCUUUUGUUUUGAAAUUCCACAUUGUAAUAUGAUUUUGUAAGGAACGUUUCAAACGUUUUCUGUUAGUCACCGUUAUUAAAACUGCCAAAGUUGUGAGGACAUUUUUUCACCUGUUUCACCUGUACACGUUUGCAUUUUUUUUUUUUAAUGUAGCUCAGCAGCGCUAUGCACUCAUAGGCAAACUCAGGAUUCUCGUGUUUUCACCAAUAAAAUA